AAAGCGAUGCUGGUUACUAACCUGUCCUGGUUUAGACACAGCCAUCACGUAUCUGCUUAGAGGUCUCUUCUCCCCCAGCUGGUGGGCUAUUAAGAAAAAGGCUGUAAUGGGAUGAAUUGGCAGGAAUUCAGCUGGUUUUUUACAGAGAGGUAAAACUGUUGGAUGGACAAGUGAUAGUUGUUCGAUUAAAUAAAGUCUCCUAAGAAUAACAACAUUUUCCAGCCUCCAAAGAUGGCAGCUGUUGAAGUGCUGGAGGAGGUACUGGUCUCCGUUGAAAAUGAGCUGCAAGCAGUGGAGAUGCAAAUUCAGGAGCUUGUAGAUAAACAGCAAGAACUCAUCGAAAAGAAGAUGAGAAUAAAGAGUCUGAUAAAGCAGUCCUCAGGAGACUUGGAGGCAGGUGGAAGUAAAGACACUGAAACCUCAGCUGAGGCAUGGAACAAAAAAGAUUUUCCAUGGUAUGAGAAGCUAAACACAGCACUGCGGGGCAAAUUUAAACUCCAGAAGUUUAGGUCCUUGCAACUUGAAACAGUAAAUGCUUCAAUGGCAGGAAAGGAUGUAUUUCUUGUCAUGCCUACAGGUGGUGGAAAGAGCCUUUGUUACCAGUUGCCAGCUGUCUGUUCUGAAGGUUUCACACUUGUGAUAUGUCCUUUGAUAUCACUUAUGGAAGAUCAGCUCAUGGUUUUGGAACAGCUUGGUAUUUCUGCAACUUUAUUAAAUGCCUCAAGCAGUAAGGAACAUGUGAAGUGGGUUCAUACCGAAAUGCUAAACAGAAAUUCCCAACUGAAGCUCAUUUAUGUGACCCCGGAGAAGAUUGCAAAAAGCAAAAUGUUCAUGUCAAAGCUAGAGAAGGCUUAUCAAGCAGGGCGCCUUGCUCGCAUCGCUGUAGAUGAGGUCCACUGCUGUAGUCAGUGGGGCCAUGACUUCAGGCCUGACUACAAGUCUCUUGGUAUCUUGAAAAGACAGUUUCCCAAUACUCCCUUGAUUGGAUUGACAGCAACUGCUACAAAUCAUGUUUUAAAAGAUGCUCAGAAAAUUUUGCAUGUUCAAAAAUGCAUUACAUUUACUGCUUCUUUCAACCGGCCCAAUCUUUACUAUGAGGUUCGGCAUAAGCCUUCAAAUAAUGAAGAUUUCAUUGAGGACAUAGUUAAGAUGAUUAACGGAAGAUACAAAGGACUUUCAGGAAUUGUUUACUGUUUUUCUCAGAAGGAUUCUGAGCAAGUUACUAUGAGUUUGCAGAAACUGGGAAUCAAGGCAGGGACUUACCAUGCAAACAUGGAUGCUAAAUGUAAGAGCAAAGUUCAUAAAGGAUGGGCAGCAAAUCAGAUUCAGGUUGUAGUGGCAACUGUUGCUUUUGGCAUGGGAAUUGAUAAACCUGAUGUGAGGUUUGUAAUUCAUCAUUCUAUGAGCAAAUCCAUGGAGAACUACUACCAAGAAAGUGGACGUGCAGGCAGAGAUGACCAAAAAGCUGACUGCAUUUUGUAUUAUGGUUUUGGAGAUAUAUUCAGAAUCAGCUCAAUGGUAGUGAUGGAAAAUGUAGGGCAAGAGAAGCUGUAUAAUAUGGUGUCCUACUGCCAGAAUCUGAAGAAGUGUCGCCGAGUCCUCAUAGCCCACCAUUUUGAUGAAGUAUGGGAUUCUGCAAACUGCAACAAAAUGUGUGAUAACUGCUGUAGGGAGAGCUCAUGCGAGAAAAUGGAUAUAACAGGAUACUGCAGGGAUCUAAUCAAGAUACUUGAGCAGGCUGAACACAUGAGUGAGAAGCUAACCCCACUGAAAUUAAUCGAUGCGUGGUCUGGGAAAGGUGUAGCAAAACUGAGGGUGCCUGAAGUUAUUCCACCCAAGUACCCUCGAGAGGAGCUGGAGAGAAUUAUUGCCCACUUACUGCUGCAGCAGUAUCUGAAGGAAGACUUCAGCUUCACAGCAUUUGCGACAAUAUCCUACCUGAAGAUAGGACCAAAGGCAGGCCUGCUGAAAAAUGAGGCACAUGUCAUAACUAUAGAAGGGAUAACAAACAAGAAAAGUGUUUACAGGGCCAAACCAACUCAUUCUUCGAAUUCGAAAGGAAGCAGAGAAACUGCUCAGACUGUUUCAAAGACUGUCCAAGACUCAGUGGUGAAGAAGUCACAGGAAGAUAAACGGCCUAACUGUGGUUCUAACUUAAAAGCAAAGAAGCUUAAGCUUCAGGCAGGUGGAGAUGAUCAACCAGUAGUUAUUGACUGAGUUUCACAGGCUACAUUUAGGACUUAAUCAUGUUUGUUUCUCCAUGGACAAUGCAGUGUGUAAGUUCAGUUUGUUUCAGUAAUAUUAUUUUUUUCCUUUUUUUUAAUAAAAAACAAAACAAGGAAACAAGUAUCUUUAAACCCCUCAAAUCUAGAGAAAGUCUAGUAGUCAAGGGAAAAAUGUUACAUAGCAAAAUCAUUGGUGCAUAUCUUACAAUAAUUACUGUAUAAUUAUGUAAAUAAUUACCAUGUUGUCUUGUAAACUCUUUUGGAAGUGUAUAGUAACACUAUAGUAGAAUCACACAGGCUGGGAGGGACUUGCAGAGAUCACCUAGUCCAGUGUCCUCCUCAUAGCAGGUUCAGUUGAAACAGGGUGCUCAGGGCUGUGUCCAGUGAAGUUUUGGCUGUCUCUAAGGAUGGAUAUUCCCCAACCCCUCUCAGCAUCUAUUCCACCAUUUGACCACCUUCAUAACUACCCCACUUCCCCUCCCACCCCCCAAAAAGGGCAUUUCUUAGAGCUAAUUGUUAAUUCCUGUAUUGCAACUUGUCUGUUGCCUCUUGUCCUGCUCUUCUGAGAAGAGUCUGGUACCACUGCUGUUAUGCUCUUCCAUUAGUUGAAGACAACAGCAAGUUCACAACAAUCAUAUCCUUUCUUUCUCCCUGGCUUUCUUCUUUCUUAAUCUGGAAAGAUUAAGAACUAGCUUCCUCAGCAUCCCUCUGUGCAGCCCAUCCAGUCCUGUGGAUUUGUGAAUGGCCAACUGGCUUAAGUGAUCUGUAACUCUACCUUUCUGUACUGCUUUACUCCCACAGACUGUUAGUAGGACCCCUCAGGGACCUGGGAGGCCUGAGGGAAAACCAUAGCAGUGAAAAUGAGGCAAAAAGUACCUCAGUCGUUUCCAUGUCCUAUGUCACUAGCUCCCCUGCCCCUCUGAGGAAUGGGACCAUACUUUCCUUACCCUUCGUUUUGCUCCUAAGGUACUUAGAGAAUCUCGUCUUACUGCUUUUCACAUCCUUUGCCAGUUCCACCUCCAGAUGAGCUCUUACAUUUCUAACUCCCUGUGUGCUCAGGCAAUGUCUCUAUGUGUUUUGGAUAUCCUGUACCUUCGUUUCUGUGUUGGAGCUAGCUGAGUUCUCUGUUCACCCGUGUUGGCAUUCUGCCAUGCUUGCUUGACCUUCUGCACAUAGG